AAACGUCAAAAAUUCCAUGGGGUUAAAAUGAGCGAAGAAAAUGUCGAAAAAUCAGCAAUUUUGGGCGAUGACACGACACAAGAACCAAAACGACCUCUUUCUAAUGCAAGUUUGGAGUUUUUCGAGAUAUUAGAUGACGUGAAGCAACUUGCACAACAGACGAAUGGCGAAGCGUCGUCGUGCAGCGAUGAACAAUAUUACAACAACGCGAAAAAAUAUUGGAAUAAAAUAAAUGCUGAUGACGAUGGCAUGCUCGGAGGUUUCGCCAGCAUCUCGUAUUGUGAUACUCAAGGAUCUUCCCAAUUUUUACAAAGCAUUUUUCGGAGCAAACCAUCGCCUGCGCGAACAUAUGCUUUGGAUUGCGGCGCCGGAAUUGGACGAGUUAGCAAGAAUCUCCUCAUAAAUUUCUUCGAAAAAGUCGAUUUAGUUGAGCAGGACGAGAGAUUUUGUGAACAAGCACGCGAAACGCUUGAAAAAACGGGAAAUUUGGGAGAAAUUUUCAACAAAGGCCUUCAAGAAUUUGACCCUGAGGAGGGAAAAUAUGACGUAAUUUGGUGUCAAUGGGUUUUGUCGCAUCUCAAAGACGAUCAUUUGGUGCAAUUUUAUCAACGUUGCAUCCGGGGUUUGAGGAAAAAUGGCAUGAUUAUCAUCAAAGAGAACGUCACGUCGUCAAACAAAGUCGAGUUCGAUGCAAAUGAUUUCUCCGUCACGCGUCCCUUGGCUAAAAUGAAGGAAAUUAUUAAGGAAAGCGGGUUGCGAAUUGUCAGGGAACAAAAGCAGCACAACUUUCCCAAAGGCCUGUAUCCAGUUUACAUUUUAGCUUUAAGACCGGUUGUGAAAUAAACAGAAAAUUAGCUUUAAAUGGCACUAAAUUUAACAGUUAACAAAGAAAAUUAGUAUUAAUAUGAAUAAAAGACGAGAGCUUA